AUGAACCCACAGCAACCACCACCAACACCUCCAACCGACCCUUCCCAACUCCCAUCUUUGGGAACGAUCAAAAUUCCAAGAAGACAACCAACCACAACACCUCCUCCUUCUUCUUCUUCAUCAUUCUUGGAACCACAACAACAACCACCAACUUGGAAUAGUUCCACCACUGUUCCAACAAGCUCUACUUCUUCUUUUCAUCCCCCACCACCACAACAACAACAUAGAAGAAGAAGAUCAGAGGGAGUGGAACGAUCAUCUUCUGUUGUGGAUCCUCGAGGAGGACAACAAAAGUGUCCUUUCAAUGAGGAAGAGGAGAAGAAGGAAUUGAAUGUUUCUCCUCGUCGUCCUGGCAGUGGUGGUGUUGGUAGUAGUAGUAGUUCUUCACACGAAUCGAAAAGACCUCAACAACAACAACAGUCAGAGGAAACUCUUGAACGCCGUUCUCAGAAACAUCCAAAAGCUUCCUCUUCAAGCUGUUCGACUGAACCUCUUUUUGCAAUGGAAUCUAAUUAUUACCAAAUUCGUCAAUCCAAAAUUGGUACUGGUUUGAUCUUGUAUCAGAUGAGUGUCAAAAAGUUGAACGAUACACAGUUUGGAGUUGGUGGCAAUGUUGAAGAAAGUAAUCCCUAUCUAUUGAAUGGUCUCUUUCGACAAGUCGUCAAGAACAAGAAGGAACAAGGUUCUCUUUUUCCAUUGCUUUCUGGAAAAGUCAUUAUUGCAAAUAAGGCAUUGAUUGAAAAAGAGACCUCUUUCACAACGACAGUGAAAACAAGAAAAAAGAAUCGAGAAACACAGGAAUUCUAUGAAGUGGAAUAUCAAGUCACCCUUCAUGAGAUCAAUCCUUCGCCACAUUUGACAGUUUUAGCACAAGCAUUGUCACUUCUUUUUCAAUUUGCAGCUCAAUAA